AUGACGCCCUGCGGGGCAGGUCUGGGCAGCACGCCGGGAGCUUUCAUGUCCCUAGUCCCGGCUUUGCAAGUGCAGGCCUGCGCCCGGCGGGGCUGCAGGAACGACUGCCUUGGUGUGCCUGCCUAUCACCGCGCCCAGAGCGGGACUACGCAGUCCCGGGCUCCUGGGCCAACUUCAGGUACCCCGGUCCAGCAUCUGACCUGUACGAGACAAGAGCCUUGCAUCCCUACUUAUGGACUUCGACAGUCUAUGUUACUGAGCACCAGGUUUCAGGACUGCUAUGUGGUCACCAACAUCUGGGCAGCCAGAACAUGUGCAAAGCAGAGCAUCAAUGCCUCAGCAUCAAGUAUGACUUCUUGGGAAGUUAUAAAGAACCCAUUAAUUGCCAGCUCAUCCUCUCUGGUUAAGCUGGUACUUAGACGACAACUGAAGGUUAAGUGCUGCCUAGUAACAUGAAAGUUUGGAAAAGCAAAAUCUGUAAAGAGGUUCAAGUCCAAGGACAGUUCAGCAAUGACUGUUAUCCCAGAUGGAUAACAAAGUCCAUUGGUUCCAAGAGCAUGUAGCCAGAGGGGCAGUGGCUGGGCUCACCAAGGUGCAGGAGGCAGGAACAAGAGUAAAGAAAGUUCAAAGGAGAAAAAAGUAAUAGUCCGCCAAGAUCUUAAGAACAGAUAUGCUGAACCUGUGGCUGCCACCCAAGUGCCACCCCGGGACACUGGGACAGCAGCCUGCAAGGGCCUAGCACUGCUUCCUGAAACCAGAAAGAUACAGUUGUCAGAUACACUAAGCAUCCAUGGCCUCCCCACAGAUGGUUACCAGGCUCUGUACCACACUGUGGUUGAGCCGAUGCUGUGGAAUCCUUCAGGAAACCCUAAAAGGUACAGUUUGGAGCUGGGCAAGACUGUUAAACAAAAGCUCUGGGAGGCUCUAUACAGCCAGGCUGCUUCUCCUGAAGAUGCUCCAAAGCACCUGUUAGCAGGUAAGAAGACCCAUGAGGAGCCUGUACUCAAGAAAGGGCCCAAGUUACAGAGCAAGAAAUAG